CUGGAAAAAAAGACAGGAAUGAGAGAGAGAAAAAAGAAGGAUGAGGAGGAGACUAAAGAAGAACAAGAAGGAGAAGGAGAAAAAGGAUGAGAAAUGAGAGGAAAAGCAGGGGGAGGAGGAGGGAGAGAUGCAGAACAUGAAGGAGAAAGGAGAAAUAGAAGAGGAGGAAGAAGAAGAACGAGGGUGGUCAAGGAAAAAAAGAAGAAAAAGGAGAGAGAAAAAGCGAUGGGAAAAAGAGAUGAGAAAGAGAAAGAUGAGGAGAAGAUUGAAGGAGGAACAGUGGCAAGAGGAAAAGUAGAUGAAAAAGGAGGAGAGAAGAGAAGUCACUCGAAAGAUCAAGACCAGUCAAUUUGCCCAGAGGUGAUGCCUCUUGAUUGGGAGGAGGCGAAGAAAAUAAGGAUAAAAAAGAGGAUAAGACUAAAGAAAAAGGGGGAGAAGGAGGAGAAAAAGAAGAGAAAUGAGGAGAAAAGGAGGAAGAAGAAGAAUGAGGGAAAAGCAAGAGAGCACGGAGAGAAGGAUAAAAAGGCAAAUCGGCCAGAAAAAGAACGAAGGAGAAAAAGCGACAAGGAGAGAGGAGAAAGGGAAGGACGAGGAGGAGAAGGAGAAAAAUGUGGAAGAACAAGAACAAGAAGAAUAAGGAGUAGCAAGAGGAGAAGGAGAAGAAACAUAAGGAAUGGAAGGAGAUGGAGAAAGCGGAGGAUGAGAAGCAACAGGAAAUGCAUGGGAAAAAGGAGGAAGAGAUGCAGAAGAAGAACUAGAAGACAAGGAAGAAGAAGAAUGAGGGAGGAGAAGAAAAAGGAUGAGAAGAAGAAGGAGAAACAGGAAAAUCGACAGGAAAAAGAAAGGAAGAGGAGUAGAUUGAGGAAGGAGGAGUGGCAAGAGGAGAAGAAGAGAGAGAAGGAAGAAAAGCAAGAGGAAAAACAGGAGAAAAAGGAGAGAAGAGAAGUCACUCGGAAGAUCAAGACUCGUCAAUUUGCUUGGAGCAUUCCCUACGAGGAGGAGAAGGAUGAGGAGAAAAUGGAGGAGGAUAAAAGUGAAGGAGGAUGA